ACAGCUUUGAUUAUUGCCUGUCAGCAUGGACGCCUCGAAGCCACUCGAGCGCUCAUCUACGGUGGUGCAUCGGUAGAUUUGCCGGACAACAUUGGGGAUACGCCCUUGAUAUGGGCCUCUUCAAAGGGCCACGGCCCGAUCGUCCAGCUGCUGGUUGAAGGUGGUGCAUCCAUU